AUGGCUUCGAUGUACAGUCCUGCGCAGCUGAUGGCGGCGGCCGGAGUCCAACCAAGCCAGCCAGGCUAUCCUAGUAGAGUCGUUUAUUCCGGAACAGUUCCUGCAUCACAUGGUACACUUCUGGCUGGAAGCCCACCUUUAGGCCACAUCGCACAGAGCCAGAGCCUGCUUCGGUCUCAGAAGUUUCAGCCGUACAGCACUCAACCGGGUCCGAUCGCCUACAGCACACCUCGGACAGUGUGGCCUGCCACUGGCAAUGUCGUUCAAGGUUUCAGCCGCCAGACCACCCCAAAUUCAACCCCCGUCUCAGUGCGGCAGGUGGUCCCUGCUGCUCCCCAAAUCUACCGCUACGCAUCCUUCACAGCUCCAGCUCAACCCCAGGCUCCAGCUCAACCCCAGGCAAGGCCAUCGGUUGUGCAAGCUGGCCCCCAAGCCACGAUUCAGACCCAGCCACGGCCAUCCGUAGUUCAGAACGGUCAUGUGGUCCGGACCGUGCCCAAGCAAGCGGAGCCAAAGCCCGCGAAGGAAGAGAGCUGGCAAUGGAUCCUCACGAUUGCCAGGCCGGAUGCCCCAAAAGCGGGGCCAACCGAGGAAGAAGUGAAAGAGGACAGCGAGUGGAUUGUCAAUCUCACACGACCGGCUGGUGCUGUGAUUGCGGCCCAUUAA